CGACACCGAAGUCACGUCGAAAUUCGAGGUGACAACACCACGAACCGACAACAACAGACAUGAGCGCCCACAUUCCAGCACCACUCCUCUGGGAGAUUACUCGCGGCCACAGCGCCUACACCGUCAAGCGACGAUCUGGCGGUGGUGCCGAGUUCUCGAGGGAUCCUCUGAACCUGACAAACAAACACUCUCGUAUUCACGAGGGCUACAUCAACGACAAGGCCAUCGGUAUCGUCCCCAACGAGAAGGGUGGCUUCACCCUGUACACCAAGACUUCCAGCAAGUCGCAUCAGCCUGCUAAGAGCACCCACAAGACCGUCUUCGGCCCAUCGACCUCGUCGCGCAAGAGCUACCGCAGCAUCCUUAACUCUACCGGCAACAGGGGAUACCGCCCUGACCUUAGCAAGGCGGCCGUGAAGCGCGCUAGUGCCAUCAAGGCAUCGCAGCGACCAGUAAAGCCAGACCCUCCAACCAAGCUGAGGGGUGCUAAGGCGAGGAAGGCUGCUGCUGCGAGUGCUUAGAUGUUAAGUCAAUUGGGGGUUGCGGUAUAAGAAGAGGCAUGAAUCUUGAGAAUUGCGCCCCCUGAUUUAGGGGAGAUGGGGAGACAUGGGCUGGCGUUUAAACGCGAGGCUGUGGACGUUGAGACUGGUCCUUAUGCACGAAUGGAACGAAGAUUGUCGUCCACAGCAACUGGCAGACUGCGGUACUACGACCGUACGGCCUUGCCGCUUUCAAAUCUCCUAGAGUCCAAUUAGCUGAACCUCUAGUAACUAUUCAACCGCUGCUUCAGGCUCGUAUUCCACGUCAAUGUUUCCCUUCAUAACCAUGACGGCUACACCAGACAAUGAUACACUUUCGAUCCCGCCAUCCGCAGACAUGAUAACAUCAACGAAGAUGUCACACUGCCUACCCAUUUCCACCCCCUGUGUCAAAUGAAACUUGCGCAUGGUAGGCCCAUUUUCAGUCAAACUCAGAUAAG